AUGCAUAAGGUAAGGACUCUUGUGACAUGUACGGAACCUGACGUCCAAUCGCUCCAUCAAUCAAGGAUCCGGGCUCGUCACAGCAGCCACGCGGGUGUGAGCCUUGCAUAUUUGAUGGGCGAUUUUGCACGGUUGGCCUAUGACUGGUCUGGCGAAGAGAAUCCAACCUUUCUUCGUUUGAAGGAGGUCUUCUGGCAGGGUGAUGAGAAGCUCGGGUCCAACAUUCGUUGCCCUCGAGAUGGCAGACCAGGCUGCGCACUGGUGGAUUGGCUUCCACGAGAGCAUCGACGACUGCAAACUCAUUUUAUGUCUUGGAGUUGGAAGUAUUCACUUCAACAACUCCAAAGUGCCAUGGAGAUGUGGAGAUCAACCCGAACACUGGAGUUUGAGGACAUCUUCUUCUACAUGUGUUUUUGCGUGAACAACCAGUUCCGCAUCAUCGUCGAAGGCUCCGCCACCGGCAGUGACAAUCUGGAAGAAGUCUUCCAGACGAAUCUGCGACGGAUUGGGCAGGUCGUUGCAGUGUUGGACACCUGGGAGGAGCCAGUCUACUUGCAAAGGGUCUGGACCAUCUAUGAGCAGUACGUCGCUUGUUCCUUGCAGGUUCCGGUGACCUUCGUCAUGCCGGAGGAUGCAGAGGUGACCCAGUCCUUGUGCGACGUCGACGUGGCAGCUGCACGUGCCUUCGAUCCGCGCGACGAGCAGAAGGUGAAGACCACGAUCCAGUCCACAGUAGGCUUCGACCAAGUGAAUCAGCACGUGAAGGACGCCAUGAUCCAGUGGAUUUGCGUCGUGGUCCGGGAGAAAUUCCAACGGCUCAUCAACAGAGCUGACCGUGAGGACGCUUCGGAAUCAUCAGCGAUGGUGGCGCUGCUCUGGCUUCGCUGCUGGCUGUGCAUGUUGCUCUCUGGAGUUUAUGGAUCUCACUUCUCCACCCGAGCAGAGCUACGAGAUGCGCUGCUCCAACGCCUGGGCUUCUUGCCGAGUGGCCUCUUCAAGGACUUGGAAGGCUUUAAUGAGAACAUCAGCGCAUGGGAUACUUCGAAGGUACUGGACAUGAGUUCCAUGUUCCAUGGAGCCACUGCAUUCAACAUGCCCAUCGGACGUGAAGGCACGUGGAACACAACAAGUGUGCAGACAAUGCGCAAGAUGUUCUACAAGGCUUCCAGCUUCAAUGAGCCGAUUGAUUUGUGGAUCACAGUGGCAGUCGUUGACAUGAUGGAAGACAUGUUCUCUGGAGCCAGUUCCUUUGAUCAGCCCAUUGGUGCUUGGGACACGGGCAAUGUGAGAACCAUGAACGGCAUCCUUUGA